AUGUCCGUCUUCGGCCCCAACGACCACACCCACUACCUCCGCCUAGCCCUCCUCGAAGCGCGCAAAUCCCCUCCCAAACCCACAAACUUCAGCGUAGGAGCACUUCUCCUAGCCCCACCCAAUCUCGCCCCCCUCACAACAGGCUACACGCUCGAAUGUCCCGGAAACACGCACGCCGAACAAUCCUGCUUCAUCAAACUCGCCCAAGAAUACUCGUGCAGCGAAUCCGAGCUGGGCGAGAUUCUAUCCGCGAAAAAUGGUAACUCGAAAAAUAUUAUUUUGUAUACGACCAUGGAACCGUGUCAGAGGAGAAGUGUGGGGAAUGUGAGUUGUGUGGAUCGAAUUCUGGCGUUGAAGAGGAAAGAUGGGGAACAGAGUAUUAGGAUGGUGGUGUGUGGAGUGCAAGAGCCAGAGACGUUUGUGGGUGUGAAUGAGGGGAGGAAGAAGUUGAUGGAUGCUGGGGUUGAAGUUUUAUAUGUGCGAGGGCUCGAGGAGGAAAUUUUGGAGGUGGCGACUGCUGGGCAUGAGAAGAAGAAAGAGGGAUGA